AUGGCGCUGAUCCAUGUCCGGCAGAAUUAUAGACCGCCUGUUAUUGCGCUAUCCCCAUUUUGGAAUCAAAAAUUAUCACCCGUUGGAACUGCCCUUCCGUCCCCCGGAGGUUCUCUCGAUCCACUUCAACCUCGAACAAUUGGUGUCAUUGCACGCCUAUCACAUAUCAUCUACCAUGCCUCCACGGGUACGCAUCACGUCGCUUCGCCGACAGGCCUUGCGAUGCCCGCAAGAACUCCGAAUCGCGUCUCGGAGCGCCAGCACCGCUGCGGCUUCAGCAACUACACCAGCUGCACCCAUCGAGCAAUUGACACGCUCAAAAGCUCCAAUCUCAAAGACUCCCCCGUCCAGCUUCCCUCGCACCGCAAUCCUGAAUACCGCCGGUCACAACUCCUGCGGCAAUAUACCUCCCUCAUCCGCACAUCUCCUCUGAUGGUCAUCUUUCAACACAACAACCUGAAGUCCAUGGAAUGGGCCUCGAUCCGACGAGAGCUCACCAAGGCCCUGCAGAAGGUGGACGAGAAGAUUGCCUCUGAGGGCCGGACAGCUCCGGAAUUGGCUCCUUAUAUCAAGCUGCAGACUAUCCAGACCAGCAUCUUCGAGGUCGCGAUCCGUAUCGUCGAGUACUUCCGGCCCAACGAGGCCGCCCAGGCUGCCGGACAGCCUCCUAGUGCUGUCAACCCCAUCACACAAACCUCCGCUGAGUUGCCGGCCACCUCCGGCUCCAAAGACGACCCUGCCUUGACCCACGACCUGUCUCGCGCUGCUCACGCUGCUGUGAAGCACCUGAAGGGCCGCCACGAGCUCGCCGACAUUCUCGUUGGUCCCAUCGCGAUCCUCUCCAUCCCUGCCGUCUCUCCCGAACACAUGAAGGCCGCUUUGUCGAUCUUGACGCCGAAGGAAUCUGGAUUCGCCGCGCCCACUCGCAAGGGCAACCCCGAUUACCACGACCCCGUCGUCCAGACCGGUCUGCAGAAGAUCAACCUUCUCGCUGCCCGUGUCGAUGGCAAGGUCUUUGAUGUCGCUGAGACCAAGUGGGUCGGCAGCAUCGAGGGUGGCAUGGACGGUCUGCGUGCUCAGCUCAUCAUGGCCCUCCAGAGCAUGGGAUCCAGCGUCACCAGCACCUUGGAGGGUGCCGGUAAGAGCUUGUAUCUUACUCUGGAGAGCCGGAGAAACGUUUUGGAGGAGGAGCAGAAGCCUGCUGAGGAGAAGAGCGAGUCGUCUUAG